AUGUUAGAUUCUAUACAAGGUGUUUCAAUCAGUUACUUUGAUCCCUUUGACGUUUUUAAUACAGUCAAAAAUGAAUUCCUUCAAAUAUUACCGUUUGAAGACCUACAUUGGAAGCUACCGAAUGGUACAGUUAAGACCAUUGAGAGAUUGCCCGUCAAUUUAUGUUUAGAAUAUACUGAUAACCGAAAGGAACAUGUUCUUCAACCAUUUAUUAAAUUUAUUGUUGUGAAUUGUAUUUCAAUCGAUGACUAUAGAUCCAAAGUGCGUCCUCUUUUAAGACAAUGGUUACCAAGCGUUCAGGAAGUUUCAGAGAAUGAAGGGAAUUUAAAAUUAAAAUCUAUGCCAAUUAUACUUUUAUAUGCUAAUUCCGAAGUGAUGGAUGAGAAGCUUUUUAAGUCUGUAUCGUUGAUAGAGAAAGUCACGAAAGAUUUCCCUGAUGUGAGUGCUCUCGAAUUGAAAUCUAUUUAUAAAUCACCUAAGGAAAAGGAGGAAUUUUGGAAUCAACUAAGCCAGAACUUAAAAUCCUUUCUAUUAGAUGUAUUUCAACAUAGACUAAAUUAUCUGAUUCAUAAACUAAAUGACCGAAAGAAUUCAUUUGAAGAAGAAUUGUUAUUACGAGAGAAGCUACUUGGAGUAUAUACCAUGUUUGGCUUAUAUGAAGAAGGAAGUUCAGAAUUAGCUCUUAUCAGGAAGUGUUUUACCGAUACAGCAAAAGAUUUACAGAUACCAACUGGUGAACUUGAGUGUUCGUUGCAGUUCAACAUUGAUCAUGAAAAGUCGAUUUAUAAAAUGUUAUCUAAUAAAGCAUUAAACAAAUUUGAAUAUUAUAAAUAUUUCUUCAUUAAACAAUAUGGAUUGUUUAAACUAGAAGCAAUGACACCUACGGUACUUCUUAAAACGUACGAGCUAAUUCGGACCUUUCUCUUUAAGAUUGAUAGUAUUUUUAUUGAAUCGGUUCUUUUAUUGGAAUUCAAGUAUAUAUUUAUUGACACAAUAAUAACCGAUUUGGGAAUUAUGGAAAAAAUGGCAACGUCACCUGUUUAUUGCGAAAUUAUAGGGGAGUUGCUGUCUGUGAAGAGAGACUGUUGGAUUCAUGGUGUCCUAUUAAAUUCCUCAUUUCAAUUAAUUGGGAAAUCAUAUUCAGAUGUAGCAACAGUCAAAUACGAAUUCGCUAAAUUGAAGUCAACUUACGAAACAGAGGAUAUUUUACAUAAGAAUUUUUUCGAAAAAACAAAAGAAAUUUUAUCUGUUUACGACAGAUGUGGUGGAAAACGUCGACGAAUUGUUGAUAUUCUUUCUGUUGAAAUUGGCACGUUGCAUUAUCAAAGGAAGGAAUAUCAGAGCGCUAUUUCAUUAUUCUUUUCAUGUUACGAAUAUUAUAUGCAAUCAAAUUGGGAUGUCAUUGGGUUUAAUAUUUUGAAAAUUUUCGCUGACUCGUUAUUACAUUGUCCUGAUUUGCAAGAGAUUGAAAUUGAUGGUGAAAAGUUAGAAAUGAGAACAAUUUUAGGUGAUGCUUCCUUAAAUAUCUUAAAAAUGUCUUCUACUGAUGAAGAAAAACGUCUUUGGUACGAUAAAUUCUUAAAAAUACAAGGAAAUUCAAAAAACUUGAAUUUUGAAUAUCCGAUAGAUAGAUUCUUCAAAUUGGGAAAGAUAAAAUUUGUUAAACUCCGAGUACCAAACAAGUACGGAAUUGAUAUUGACAUUGGUAAUGAAGGUUUCCCUGAUGAUGUCGAAGUAAGCUCGAUCAAAUUGAUCUUGGAGAAUAUUAAACACGACGACGUGGUCACCUUCGAAAAUACAGAAAGUUCAUUAUUUCUUAAACCAGGAUCUAAUUUUUGCGAAUUAGAAUGUAGGAACAUAGCAUUUGGUGAAUUUGUGCCAAUAAGUUUAAGUGUUUGUAUUGCGAAUACCAACUUCAUUAAAUCUUUUAAAACUGAUGAACAAGAAGAGAAGAUUCAAAUUGAGCGCUAUUUCCACGAGGAUAACGUUUCCUUGGCAAUAGAACAAGCAAAAUCUCAAAAAUUAGGAGAAUAUUGUCUCGAUGUAAAGAUAUUAAAUUUAAACAAAGUAGAAUCCAUAGAUAUCGAUAUAAAGGUUCGCAAGCUGGAUAAUGAAAUUCAUGAGGGGCAAUCAUACCCAAUUAGUUUCGAACCAAUAAUGCAAGCAUAUGAUGAUAAUGAGAAUGAGAAUGAGGAGAGUAGAGAAAAUUUUGUUACGAAAUAUAAUAUCAAGAAUCCAGAAAAAGACUCAUUAAUAGUUCCAUAUUUUUUGGCGUUACCUUUGAUGUCAUUUACAUUAGAUGUUACCAUGAAUUUUAAAAUGAAUGAUACAGCAUAUAAAGAGAUACAACAAAUACCAAUAUACUGUAAUUUACCUAUCUCAGUGUCAGUUGAAGAUAUCUUCAAAAAGGAUAUGUUUUUUUACAAGUUUCUAUUAAACUCUGUUAACCAAAAGGAUCCUGUUUUUGUUUAUGGUUGUAAAUUAGAAAAUGUUGAUGCUUCUAAGUAUGAAAUUAGUGGUAGCUAUACACCAGAUGAACCGGUCUUAUUAAGUACUGAUCCGAAUGAAAGUUGCUUGAAUUGUUAUCGUUUGAAGACUAUGGAUACAUUUAAUCCUGGGGAUAAAUUAGAUCUUAAGAUUUCGUAUACAUCUUUGAAAGAGAUACUUGACUGUUUAGUUACUGAUUCAAUAUUAAUUGAAGGAAAUAUCGAUUUUUAUAAAACGUUCGAGCAAUGGAAACUGUAUUGGAAUUUGAAAAUACUUCCGUUUUUAAAUUACGAUUAUGAAUUAUAUAUGAAGGACAAAAUUAUAAAGUUGGAGGCAGAUAAAAAUGAGUGUCUGACAGUGAAUGCGAUAUAUAAACAGCUAAAUCGUCUACCGAUAGAGCAACAAGUCAAAUGUAGGAUGAUAUACUGUUUGAAGAAAAUUUCUAACGGUAUUCAAAUGGAUGAUAUUGAUAUGACAGAAUAUUCCAAGAAUACAAACUUAAGGGAAGUUGUUGUACCUGUUAGUCUUCCGGAUUAUGAGCCAUUUUAUUACGUCGAGUUUUUAUCACAAGAUGAUAAACCAUUGCCUAAUCACAACUUUGAACCAGUUGACUUAGGAAUUCCAGUCCCGUUCAAAGUUAGGAUUGAAAACAUGAAUAAAUUGUGGAGUCACGAACUAAACAAUAUGGUGUCACCACACAUAUUUGAAAUAAUGAGCAGUAAUGAAUGGUUUGUCACUGGUAAGAAAAGAUUUGGUAUAAAAUCUGACAUAUUGGAGUAUGAUAUAUCUUUGGUUCCCUUAAAACGUGGAUAUCUACGGUUUCCGAACAUUGAAAUAACGUCCGAAAUUAGGGAAUCUAUAAGGAUAGAUUUUUGUAAUGAAUCUGAAUCGGUAUUUGUAUUUUAG